CCGACAGCAACAUACCUGCAACGUGAACGUUGCGACAGGUGCUGAUAGAGUUGGUAAACAUGCCGAUACGGUUCAUUGACUGCUCAGUAGUAUCAGCUCAGUGUCGCGUAUCGGAUCGGUAUCGGCCGAUAAUCUCAGCCCAGGUAUGGUAUCGGUGCGUCUCUACUUUAGCUAGAACACCAUUUCCUGAGUCCAGGCAUCUCUGCAUCGCGUCAAAUCAUUGAUUUCUGGGAUGUUUGCCUGAAAUAAACACGCCGGCUCGGCCCGGCAGCGUCUGCUGCUUGUUUUGUGUGAUUUAGGGGAACAGAGUCCACGGCCGGAACAGAACCGACCCAGAUAACCGUUUCUGACCCGCUUCAACCUUGUUACAGAAACAGGCUUCAGUUCGGCGACAGAAAGACGAUUUUAGAUGUUUUCCAUGAGGCUGGACGGGACAUGACUGAGGGGGAGCCUCCCUGAGUCGGCGGUGGCCUAACAGCCGGGCUUCUGUAUCAGUGGCUGUUUGUUGGAUCAGCGCGUGUCGUUGUGUGAACCAGUGUUUGUUGUGCCUAUCAGUGUGUGUUUGCUGUGUGUGAGCAGUGCUGUCGGGGUAAUGGCCGUCCACAUCAUGGCUGCGUCUCUGCUCGCCGUCUGUCUCCUGGGAACUUUCCUCCAGGCGUCGGGUCAAGGUGAAGUGUUUCGUGGCGCUCCUGGGGCCCACACAGUGUUCCUGCGACCCAAACGGGCCAACCAGUUCUUCCUGGAGGAGAUCCUGCAGGGCAACCUGGAGAGGGAGUGCCACGAGGAGCGGUGCAACUAUGAGGAGGCGCGGGAGGUCUUUGAGGACGACAAGCAGACGAUCGCCUUCUGGACCUCCUACUACGAUGGGGACCAGUGCAUUCCCAACCCCUGCCUCAACGGAGGGAACUGCACGGACAAGGUGGGGGGGUUCUCCUGCUCCUGCCAGCCCCCGAACUACGGACACAUGUGUGAACUGCAACCGGAGCUGGUGAAGCCUCAGUACAAAGCUCCAGUGAUCUCAGCGUGUCCGACCGAAGGCCCCAAGGCGUGCCACCAGCUGUGCACGGCCGACUACUACUCCCACAGAUGCUCGUGCACGUCCGGAUUCAAACUACAGAGCGACAAGCGGAGCUGCCAGCCUGAAGUGGAGUUCCCCUGUGGGAGGAUCCCCGACGCCAACGGCCCCCUCUGUCGCCACGGGAGCUGCCCCUGGCAGGUCUCCCUGGUCAACAGCAGCCAGGCGGAGCUCUGCGGUGGAGUCGUGCUCGGCCGCCGCUCCGUCCUGACCGCCGCCCGCUGCCUCUUCCUGAACUCAGGAGCCAAUCCCCGACCCUCACAGUUCCACGUGGUCACAGGCAACAGGAGGGUCUUCCCGGUCCAGGCGCUGUUCCUCCACGAGCGUUUCCAUCCAGACCACCACGACUUUGACCUCGCCCUCCUGGAGCUGGCCAGGCCCAUCAGGUUCGGCCCCGGCCUCGGCCACGCCUGCCUUCCCACGAAGGACUUCAGCGAAAACAUCCUGAUGCAUCCUGGGAGGGUGGGCGUGGCCGACAGGAGGGGGCGUGGCCAGAAGCAGGAGCUGGUCUACAUGACGCUGGAGGAGUGUCGCAGGCAGCUGAGCGUCCCGCACCCACUCAGCAACAAAAUGUUCUGCAUGAGGAGCAGGAAGGCGGCGCCAGGGAGCCCAGACGGAGCGGCGAGAGGAACCGGGUGGACGGGGAGCAGCGAUACCAACCAGAACCUGUCCAGACUCCUGGAGAGGCAGAACGUGACUGAGAGCGACACCAACCAGAACCUGUCCAGACUCACAGGGACGCAGAACGUGACUGAGAGCGACACCAACCAGAACUUCUCCAGACUCCUGGAGAGGCAGAACGUGACUCAGAACAGACUCAGAGGACAUGCUUUGGACCGGAACCAGACUCAAACCGAAGAGGUUGUGACCGGGAACAGAGCGGAGAACCUAACGAAGCAGUACCACGGGUCACCAGCAGGGGGCGGCGGUCUGAUGGCGGGCUCGGCGGUGGUGACGGUGGAGAAGGGAACGGCCUUCCUGACCGGCCUGCUGUUGUCUGCGUCCUCAGACGGCGGAGGCCAGGCGUUCACCAAAGUGUCCCGGUACCUGAACUGGAUCAGGCCGCGGCUGCAGAAGGUGGAGAACCACAUGACCCCCCAGAUCAGCCAGUACCCGGAGAUCCACUGAGCUCAGAACCCGGCCGUGGGUUCUCAUCCACUUUAAAUUAUUGGACGUUCCGCAGUUUGUAUAAAAACGUCCCCAAACUCAGAGCCUUUCCUACCUUCAGAGAUUAUUCCAAACUUAGUAAAAGACGACCAGAGCAUUCAACGUUUGUCCUGUUUAUAAUUUCACUCACUCAGAAAUAAAAGUUUUAAAAGUUA